AUGCUGCCUUGCUACGCCCACGCCCUGAACCGGAUCAUCGAGCGCUUCCGCGCCACCAUCGCCGCCAUCUUCUCCGGACACCGUCAUCUGGAUCUCUUCCAGGUGUACUACCGUCCCCUUAGCCCCAACAAUGCCUCAACCAUGCGCAGCAGUCGAAUGAUCCACAAUACCAGCCGCGAAGCCGUAGCCAUCAACUACAUCACCCCCAGCCUCACGUCCGAGCGCGGCCGCCCGGCCUUCCGGAUCUACGACGUCGAUCCCGCUACCUGGGCGGUGGUGGAUUAUACGGUCUACGUGGCGGACUACGAACCCUGGAGGCCGGGGCUGCCUCCCCAUGGGGCCGCAAAGCUGACGUGGAAGAAGUACUACUCGGCGCGCGAGGCCUACGGGACGCGCACGGAGGAGGACGGGCUCUCCCCGGCGUUCUGGGAUGAGCUGACGGUGCGCAUGGCCGGGAAUGAGACGCUGUUCGAGGAGUGGUGGGCGCGACGCACGCGGGGCAGCUGGGUGACGCCAUGUCGCGGGGUAUGUCGGCGGCGGGAAAUCUGCUACAUGAGGGGUGGGCCGGACGAGGGCGAGGGCGAGGGCUGGGAGGGCUGUCCGGGGAGUGUUCUCACCACGCGCGGUCGGCAUGGGCAUGGCGUUGCCUGGAUGGGGCGGUGGAUGAUGGAGUAGGUACCGAAAGUUGUUGUGAUCGUGCAAGGGUGAACUACUACACACGGUGGGAGGGGCAUGGUAGAGUGAGGAGUGGAUUGACUUGCCUGGAGGAAGUCCUACUGGUAAUUUUGCCGCCCACUUUUUCCAGUUCCUCGCUUUACUUAAUCCCAGCUACUUGCUUUACUUGAUUCCAAAGAUAGGAUGAAGAAAGAAUGCAAUCUAUUC